CCCUGGACACAUUCCCAUGUCUACAAUUCAUUACAUCCAGCCAGACCCUACAUUCUCUUGGAUCUGUUAGGAACACUGUUAUUUCUUCACCUGUCUUCUUCUUCUCUGCUCAGGAGCAGUGGGUUUAGGAGGAGCUGGCAGAAGGACUGCUACCAUGGCUGAUGGAAAGGGAUUCACCUGUCUUAUGGUCAUUCUCAUCCUGGGGAAUAUAUUUGGAGCUGCAGCAGGUCUUGCCCUUUGCGCUCUGGCCAUCUGGGUUGCAGUAGAUCAAUUCAAGCUCUACCCUAUAUCUGGUGUGUCGGGGAAAGAUGACAUCUUUGCCGGGGCCUGGAUUGCCAUUUUCACAGGCUUUGCCUUCUUCUGCAUGUGUGUCUUUGGUAUCUUGGCUGCUGCGAAGAAGAGCCGUGCCUUAAUGCUAACGUAUCUGAUCCUGAUGUUGAUCAUCUACAUAUUUGAGUGUGCCUCGUGUAUCACUGCAGUCACCCACAGAGACUAUCUGGUUGGAAACAGUAAUCUGGUGAAGAAGCAGAUGCUGAAGUACUAUGCAGCCGAUGGUGACUCUGGCAGUCAGAUCACACUGACAUGGAACAAAGUGAUGAAAGAGGUGAGGUGUUGUGGAACGGAUGGCCCAGUGGACUGGAUAGAGUACAACUCCACCUUCAGGGAGAAGUUUGGUACAGACUACCCCUGGCCCACCCACUGCUGCAAGAGGAAGAACAACUACGAGGUGGUGAAUGUGGAUGCCUGCAAGAACGGCCAGAACACCACCAUGUUCACUAAGGGCUGCUUCAACCACAUUGAGUCUGUGUUCAGUCGAUAUACAUGGGCUAUCAGCUGGUAUGGUUUCGCUGUGCUAAUGUUUAUGUUCUGGCUGUUGAUCCUGGCCAUGGUGUACUACCUGAUGCUGUGAGAAGUCUGGAGGAGUCUUAUACUUUCUGCUGAAGCAACACCAACCCUCACUUCAGCAACUACCUCAUUUCUUAAAUAACAAAUGACUGUGGGAAUGAUAACAGAAAUGUUUUCUGAUAUGUAGAGAAUGAACACUGUGUAGGGAUUCAAAUAUAUAUAUAUAUAUAUACACACACAAUAAACCAUUAAAUAUAUAUAUAUUUAAUGGUUUAUUGUACUGUAAAUGCUAGAUGAACAAAUGUGGAUUGGCCUGAGAAUUUCAAUGUCCUAACUGCUUUGGUAAUGGGAUAUAUAUAUAGUUCUUGUCAUUAAUUGUAUAGUACCAGUCACACCUACUGAUUCCAGGCUGUUUAUUUAUUUGUACUAUUUUCUACAUUGUAGAAUAAUAGUGAAGACAUCAAAACUGAAAUAACACAUAUGUAUAAAAAUAAAAAACCUUUUUGGGUUACUACAUGAUUCUAUAUGUUGUAUGUAGUGUUGUAUGGUUUUGUAUUGCCUAGGGUUUUGUAUGUCUAGGGUUGUUGUAGGUCUAGGGGUUUUUGUAUUUCUAAGUUGGCCUGAUAUGGUUUUCAAUCAGAGACAGCUGUUUAUCGUUGUCUCUGAUUGGGGAUCAUAUUUAGGCACCCCUGUUUCCCACUUUCUGGUGUGGGAUCUUGUCUAUGUGUAGUUUCCUGUCAGCACUCGUUUGUAUAGCUUCACGGUUAGUUGUGUUAUUUUGUUCAGUGUUAAUUUUUUAAAUAAAUAAGAAUGUACGCAUA